AUGCCUCCUUUCACCCUCUCCAUGCUAGACUCUUACAGUUCCCCCCCUCCAUCCCCUGGGCUAGAAGAGCGCAGUGAGGAACUGCCCCAGGAAACACCAGUGACACUCGUCCUUCACACUUGGAGCAUGGUCAUCGCAACUUUUGUUGCGUGCGCAGAGACACGUCCAGGGCUAAAGCAAGAGCUCCUGGAAGAGAUAGAGGAUUGGUUGCGAGAGUGGAACUGUGUCUCAACAGCCAUGGCUGCAUCUAGUGACAAGGUGUGCGCUGCAGGUGUUGCACUUGACUUGGAUGAGGGCAAGGUGAAACUCCUUGCUGAAACGACUAAGUGGGCAGGUGUGGCCCAGAAGACCAUCAGUGAUUGGAAGAAGCGUGCUGAAGGGCUGAUGGCUGCCACCGCUGACACACAUGCUGGCAAGGCUCCUGCAGUUACAGCUGCAGAGGAUCGUGACAUGGGGGUUCUGUGUCCUGGGGGUCGCAUGUCUACUCCUAAGUGCGAUCGCUGCACUGCGCAUGGUAUCGUGUGCAAUGGCACACUGGGUACGCGCUGCCCAUCCUGCGUGCAUCUGCACCAGGCUUGCUCGUUUGCCAAGUGCAAGGCCAUUCCCGGUGCACCUCGUUCGCGCAAGGUCACACAUUCUGGCAAGGCCACUGCACCUGCACCUACCAUUACCACUGCUGAUGAUGCAGACACAUCUGGUGAGUUGGAGGUCGAGAUCUGGGAGGUCCUGCCUCCUCAAAAGAAGGUCAUCCAUCCUUCCCGCCCCCUUCCCGCCCGUGCCGGGAAUGGAGAUAUGCAAGUAAGGGAGUUAGAGGAAGAGCUUGCACAUGUGCGCACUGAGAGUGGGCGUUUGGAAUGGGAGAAUGAGGGGCUGCGUGCGAGCAACAUGCGCUAUAGUAAGUUCAUUCUGAACAUGAGGCAGCACUCGUGCGGCCAGGAGGCAGAGUUGCUCCUCAUGUCCAACAAGCUCUACACAAUGUUGGAUGACUGGAGCGUCAUAGAGAGGGAGAUGGGGGACGUCCUCAGGGAACAGUAG